GACGUUUGUGCUAACAAUUAAACGUAAGGAAGAAAUAGAAGCAUAUAUCUCAAUUGAGGAUAAUGGCAUUUAUUUGGAUGUGAGAUUUUAUAUUAAAUGUGAAUAUAAGAAUCAAAUAAUAUUAAAACAACUCCCUGCCGGAAGUGCUUCCGUUAAGGUUAGUUUGCCGGCCAAUAUUGACCUAAACAAACAACCAACCCUUAAUUUGGAUUGCAGAGUUCUCGAAAUUUUUCCUUUAAAAAAUUGGAACACCAAGUGA